UUUAAACUUUUAGAUGCAAAUCUUAUUUGCGUUGUUUUCGUUUAUAGCCUCUUGUUGGUGGAAGCUAUAUUAUUGUUUUUGCCACAUUAUGGUAUUGACAGAGAAUUCAAGAUUCGUAAAAUGCCUCGUGAGCUGUGUCAUAUCCGUAGCCUUCAUCAUGCACUUGCAGUCGGGUUCCAUGAUAAUUCAGGAUGUUAUGCAGAUGGCGGCGAAUGCCAGGUUCCGCGCCAAGUCGGCUCACCUACCUUCGCCCAUUCACAUUCUGGGCCCCAAGGUGUUCAGGCGCCGGCUACAGUUUCCUUUAAAAUGGAGGCACUAUGAUCUCAUGCCAGAGGCUAUUUUACUGCAAAAUAAUGGGAGCACAGUGAUCCUAACUACAAGUACGCCAUACCUAAGGCCCGAAAUAAGCGGAGGAGAAUUGGAAGGAAGAUACAAGUUCGUAGAGGCCACCUUCAAGUGGGGCUUAGAUCGCUCCGAACACUGCAUUGACUCCCAUACAUUUUCCCUGGAAAUGCAGGCUCUACAUCGUUGUCCUAAAAAAAGAGGACCCUUUGAAUAUCUGACAAUAUCGUACUUGUUUAUGCUGAUGCCUUUCGCAAACGGUCCCCUGCAACAAAUCUCCGAUAAUCUUCGUUCGAUUAAGCGCCCAGAAUCGACCAUUGAACUGCCGCCCUUUGACCUGCAACGGCUAAUGCAACCGUUUACAGGAGGCUACUACACCUACCAGGGCACCUAUGACAACGGGGAUAUCUCGAUGCCCACCAUUUGGAUUGUUAAUUCUCAGAUCUUCGGGGUCAGUCCUCAACAGAUGUCCCAGUUCCGAUCCCUCUGCCGCCAUGACUGUAGCAGGAUAAGCACCAAUGCCCGCCAACUGCAGCCCCUGGGCGACCGUUGUGUUCAGUAUCAUCCUUAAAUCUCAGCUUUCCAGAAAUGGAUUAUCUUUUUAUGGCUUCUAUAAUUUUUAAGACAAAUUUGCCCGUUUAAUUAAUUGGAAAUUAUUAUUCGAAAUCUUUCUUUCGUUUUCUUUGUGUUGAACGAAAGUUAUCUUUAUAAAUGGAAUUUUCAAAUAAGAC